GAUUAGAAAGGCAGUUCCAGAAUGUGACAGAAGGUACCACGGGCUUCAGUGAGGGUGUGCCACGGCAGGACACCUCUCUUUGCAACCCGGAGGGCAGGAGAAGGGGAGAAGGCUUCCAAGCUCUGCCUCCAGCACGGAAGGCAAAAGGCCAGUGGCACCCCUGGGAGAUGACAUGUGUGUCCAGAUAGUCAAGAAAGGGGGAUACCCCGAGGAAGACGUGGAGCUCGGGAAGGGCCAGAGUGCACCUGUGUGCAUGUGCCUGUGACCUGCUCCUGGGGGCCAGCAGGAGCAGCCAUGGAGGAAACCUACCUGCUGAAUGUGGAAGGGGUCAAGAAGAAGAUUCUGCAUGGAGGCCAGGGGGAACUGCCGAAGCUGCAGGAUGGGAGCAAGAUCACCUUCCACUUCCAGACGCUGAAGGAUGACUUUGAGCGAACAGUGAUCGACGACAGCCGGGAAGCUGGCAUCCCCAUGGAGAUCAUCGUGGGCAAGAUGUUCAAGCUGGAGAUCUGGGAGACGCUGCUCAGCUCCAUGAGAGCCGGGGAGGUGGCCGAGUUCUGGUGUGACACCAUCCACACAGGGAUGUAUGCCCUGGUGUCCAGGGGCAUGCGGAGGAUUGCGGAGGGCCGGGACCCCCUGGAAGGGCAGAAGCACCGCUGCGGCAUGGGCAACAUGUUUGACUACCACAGCACAGGCUAUGAUGACCUGGAUGAGCUGCAGCGGACACCGCAGCCCCUCAUCUUCAUCAUGGAGUUGUUCCGGGUGGAGGAGCCCUCAGCAUACAAGCGUGACACUUGGGCCAUGAGCAAGGAGGAAAAGCUGAUGGCAGUGCCUGUGCUGCACAAAGAGGGCAACCGCCUUGUCCUCCUCAAGGAGUUUGGGCAGGCAGCAGCAAAGUACCAGGAGGCUGUCAUCUGCCUGAGGAACCUCCAGGCCAAGGAGAAGCCUUGGGAGGAUGGAUGGCUGAAGCUGGAGAACCUAGUCACGCCACUGGUGCUCAACUACUGCCAGUGCCAGCUAGAGCUGGGCGAGUACUACGAGGUGCUGGAACACACGACAGAGCUUCUCCAGAAACACAAUGACAAUGCCAAGGCCUAUUUCAAGCGGGCGAAGGCCCACGCUGCUGUCUGGAAUGAGCGGGAGGCACGGGAGGACUUCCUGCGGGUGGCUCACCUUGACCCUUCCAUGGCAGCCGCCGUGAAGAAGGAGCUGAAGCAGCUCGGGGAGAGGAUGAGGAAGAAGCAUGUGGAGGAUCGGAAGCGCUACCAGGGGCUUUUCCAGGGGCCACAGGCCAGCAAAGGGCAGGAGAGCGGGAAGGUGGGUGGUGAGGUGAUGCUGCAGGAAGAAGCACCCCAGGGUGAGGUUGGGGUCCUGGAGACCCCUGGGCAGGGGGAGCAGGGUGCUGAGACCAAAGAAGCAAAACAGCCAUGGGCAAACCAAGGAACCCCUAGGGCUGGGAGUGAAGGUGCAGUGCCAGGAGGAGAAGCAGCCCAGGGACAACCUGCGGGGAUGGAGUUGGGAGCAAGGGAUGGGCUAGGGGAAGAAGCAAACCUGGGCACCUGUGGGACAAAGCCAGAGAGCUGGGAAGCAGAGGAGGAAGAUGAGAAAAAGAAAGAGGGGGAAGAGAGGCAGAAGGUGGAGGAUGAAGAAAAAGAGGAGAGGCAGGACAAAGAAAAGGUAGAGGCGGUGGAAGAGGAAGAAGAGGAGAAGGUGGAGGAAGAAGAAAAAGAGGAGAGGGAGGAUGAGGAGAUGGUAGAAGAGGUGGAGAAGGAGGAAAAAGAGGAGACGGUAGAAGAGGUGGAGAAGGAGGAAAAAGAGGAGACGGUAGAGGAUGAAGAAAAAGAGGCGAGGAAGGAUGAAAGCAUAGAGGAGAAAGUGGAGGAGGACAAAGAGGAAAAGAGCCCAGCAGCAGAGGUGCAGAAGGAGGAAGAAGAGGAGGUGGAGGAUGAAGAAGAAGAGGAGAGGGAGGAUGAGAAUGCAGAGGAGGAGAAAGUGGAGGAAGAUGAAGUGGAAAAGAGCCCAGCCACAGAGGGGGAGAGGCUGGCUGUAGGGCAGUGUGGGGCAGCAGCGGGGACAGGGGCAGCAGGACUUGGGUGGGGGCUGGAGUGGGGAGCCAGUGGGGCAGAGGGAGCUGUCACAGGGAGCACGGCUGGGGCAGAGGGACAGGAGCACCCCCCUGCCCCAUUGCAGCCAGGGAAAGCGGUGAUGCACCCCCGGGGCAAUGCGGCGAGAGCAGAGCUUGAGGCCACGACCCUGGGGCACAGCCAGCCCUGAGCAGGGCUGGUUACCGCAGCAUGGGGGAAAGGCUGCCGGGCUGCUAGCAAGCAGGCACAGCACAGGCAAGAGGGCUGCUGGACCCUGAGAGGGAGCGCCAGGGCUGGGGACUGUCCCCGCAGUGACACGGGAACAACGCUACCUUCACCCCACCGCCAGCACCCUGGCCCCACUGCGCAGCAGUGCCUGCUGCCUCCCUGCCCUGCCUCAUCAGCUCCAGCGCCUUUCAGCUGGGUCCCGCUGAGCUUUGCUGGCUCAGA